UGCGCCACCAGAGCCUAAGCCCGUCUGUCCCAGGCGUCUUGAGCUGGUCUCCGUCAUUUGGUGCCGAAUCCCGGGAAUCUCGGACUCCAAUGACAAAGGCGUCGCUUCCUCCCACGAGCCGCGGUUGGAGCCCUCAGCCUUGUCUGGUGAAAAACUCUCUCAUGUAUGCAACCAUCUUUUGCAUUGUUUUAGCGUUAUGGGAACACUGAAAUCAUUAAAAACCGAUAACAGGCCAGCUUAUAUGAGCCAUCACCACGGUGGAUCCCUGAACGACUCAUUCGACAUGCUGAAAACCAAGAUGGGAAAACUGCGGAGGAAGAUGCAGAGACUGACACUAACCCAGACGUGGGAAAGAAAGAUGCAAGUGAGAAUACGACUCGUGGCCCUAAUCCUUAGUACCUUUUGGAUCCUACAUCAUGGCUGUAAAGCAGAAACAUAUUGGGCAUUUGUACCCAAUCCUCCUGUCAUUCAUCCAGUAACAUGGGAUGAACCCGUGGACAUUCCGGUUUACAACAAUCAAACAAUGUUUAUGGGGCAGUAUUCAGAUGGACACAUAAUAGAGUUCUCUGCACGUUUUAAUUAUUCUGGAAAGGUUGAUGGUAUGCCUAUAUGUUUUCAGAUAAAUCAAACACAAUCCCUGUGAGAGAAAGUGGUAGUGCAAAAUGAUUGGGAUACCAAUGUUUCAACAGGAAUUCAUUGGGCUCUGAAUUUUCUCUAUAUAGAUUUAGCUAAUGGGACAAGGGGUUCUGGAACGCCUCCCUUAAAUUUUCCUUUAUGUCAAAGCACAAUCACUCCAAAAACAGAAUUUGCACCUUUAUGGAGAGCAUGUCGAGCUAACGAAACGGUGUGCAUUGAUUCCACUAUCUGUGAUUGGAAUAUGAUAGGAAAUCAAGGGCGACCAAUUAAUUUGGUCUCAGGAAUUUGGACAAAAAACAAUCAUACGUUCUAUUCUAAUUUAUGGAAAGCAGUCGCAGCCAUGGAAAAAAUCAAAGCAAAAUGAUUAAACUUGACUUGGAUUCAAAUAAAUAAUAAAUGGGCAAUGACUGCAGAGAGUUAUACAACUGAGUUUUAUAUGCGAGCUUGUGUUCCAGAACCUUAUGCCUUUUUAAGCGGACCACUAAAUAUUGUGAAUAGCAUAGUGAGUUGUACCAAUUGUGUAAUCUCUAAUUGUCUUAAUAGUAGCAGUAGUUCCUUCUUGUUAGUGAAGCAACCCGAUUAUGUCUAUCUUCCUGUAAAUUUGACACAUUAUUGGUAUGCUGAUAAGGGAAUGGAAAUUCUCCAAGAAACUUCUUUGCAAUUAAUAGAGAGAUCUAAGCGAAUGGUCGGAUUAAUAAUAGCCGGAAUAGCUGCGCUCAUUGCUGCCAUAGCAGUAACUACAGUUGCUUCUAUUUCUUUAACAACUAGUAUUCAGACAGCAGCUUAUGUUAAUGAAUUAUCAAUUAAUGUAUCUAAAGCAUUACAAAAUCAAGCUACAUGGGAUGAAAAGAUUGAACUGCGUCUCAAUUCCUUAAAAGAUACAGUAGACAUCCUGGAAAGACAGUUACAAAUUAUAGCUACUCGUGAAUCUCUCUUGUGUCAUGCAGAAUACCGAGCUAUCUGUGUGACUCCUGUUGAAUACAAUAAUACUAAAUUCUCUUGGAACAAAAUACAAGAUCAUCUUCAAGGCAUAUGGAAUAAUGCGAACACAUCAUUAGAUCUUAGGGAAUUGAGACAGCACAUUCACGAUAUGAUACAAUCACACCAUAUAGAUCUUUCAGUAGCAACUCAAACUACUACAUUUAUAAGCGCUCUAAAAUCUGCAUUUCCGUCCUUCAAAUCAUUUAGAAAAGGAAUUUAUGGGCUGAUAGUCAUUGCCAUAAUAAUAAUCAUAGGAAUUCUUGCUUGUCCAUGCUUGAUGAAAAUAAUAACAAAUAGAUUCCAAAAUUUGCGUAUAAAUCUUAAAAAAUUGGAGAUGGAAAACACAAAAAAUAAACCACCACCACCUCUGGUCUAAUAAAAUAAAAAAGGGUGGAAUGAGGAAGACUGUUAAGCAAAACAGACCUGGCUGGCCUGAAAGGGUCAAACAGGGAACACGCAGCCCCUCCUGAAAGGGAAGGACUGCCAUGUGAAACAUGCGGCCCCUGCUGAAAGGGAAGGACUGCCAUGUGAAACUGGCAAGCAUAAGCUACAGCUUCUUCGUUCCGUGACCAAGAGCAGAACAUGUUCUGUGAAGACAACACUUCACAGUUCACUUUUGAUCACUGUACUGACCACAAUCCACAAAGAGCUAAUUAAGUAAUGAUGUAUUGCUGUCAGCUGCAUGAAUGUUGUCUGAUUUAAGUGUUGUAUACUUCUGUAGCUAAAAGAAUAUAAAAACCCUGUAACAACAAUAAACUUUGCUUCUUGCGCCA